AUGGCACCUCCAGGUCAGGCACGUGCAUCCGUGCCUUCCUCUGGACUCAUCAGCAUUGUUAUAAGCAUUGUUCGUUUAUAAAACGAAGAUAAAGGUGAUGGAGUGGAAAAAACUGAGGAGGAAGGAAAGGAAAGCAACGCGGCCGAGACAAACUGGGUGGUGGUCCACAAAACCUCCCGGAAUCGAUGUGUGAGCAAGUCCAUCAUGGAAACCUUGUGGGCGACAUUUAAAGUGAAACAUCAUGUUAGGACCCCUGAAGCAAUAAGACUGGCCGGAGAUUUGGCUAUCUCUGUUUCACAGGUUACAGCCUGGUUCCGGUGCACCAGAAGGAAACACCGGAAAAUGGCCAAGGGCCAGGUGACAGUGACAGAAGUCUGCGCAGUUGGGUCAUUAUGGCAGAAAGUCUGUCCCUUGCACUAGCUGAACCUGAUUCGCAGAGAAAGAGGAGGGAGCAUGUGUGGAGCCGCAAGAGGGGAAUGGAGCCUGAUGGUGGGAGGGACUGAGCAAAAGGAGAGAGAUUUCUUUGUGACCCUCAUGCCCAAGACACUGAGCUGGACAAAAAGGGCUGUAUGCUGAUCGCAACUCUCCUUGGGCUGAGUUUUUAGGGGUUAGGUAGGGAGAUGGGGGUGUUGAAAGGUUGCUAUGAGAUAGUCCACUCUACCUCAUGUACGCUGGGGUUCCCAUGGAGAUGCAAGGUGUUAUUGCAUUCGUAGUCUCUAAAUGCUAAACCGCUUUUAAACUUUAUGUUUGUCUCUGGACUGUUCUUAGGAUGAAGCUCCGCUUAAAACGGACUUUGAAGAGUCAUCACUUCUUUAUCUCCAGCGCCUUGCCCUGACACCAGCUCAGAGGGAUUCAUAAAUUCCACUGCCCCCGGUGCUCUGAAAGACAGUUUCAUUGACUGUUCAGAAAUGCCACCUCCCGUGUCUCCAUGGGCAUUACGUUUGCAACCGUGUUGGUGGGCUGGGAUGUUCAGGACUCGGGUUGAGCUGGAGGAAUGAGCACGACACUGGUGGAAAGAGCAGAACUGGAUUCCACUUCUUCGUCUACCUCAUACCUGCUGCCUGAUGUUGGGGAAGUCCCUUACCGUCUCUGUUCCUGUUGCCUCAUCUAUAUAUUGAGGAUAAGAGGCCUGUUCUUUCCGCGAGCUCCGGCUCCCUCCCCUCCGCGGUGUUUUUCAUUCUCCUGGAGAGGAGCCGGUAGAGUCCUGGCUGCAGAUGCCUAAACCGGGGCUGCCUCUUCGGCAGCAGUCAGAUCGAGGUUCAGCUAUACGCGUUUAAGUUUCAGAGGAAACCAUGUGCACCCCCGCGUUCUACCUGGAUUCCUUCCUCUUAUAGUUUACAGAAAGUCUCUCCUCCCUCUUCCCCAGCGCUGCCCCCUGCUAGCCAUAUCGGGCGAUCUAGCAAUCCAAACACCAAAAGCAUCAAACAUAAGCCAUUAUGACAUGGGCGGGCUAUGUCAUGUCGUCUUAAAGGAUUUCACCUGAAUAAAG